AUGGCUGGCGAGGUGCCCCUCAACAUGAGCGACAUCGAGUUGGCCAUGCAUCCCAGUCGAUCAUUAGUGGCCAUGUACCAGCUUUCUUGCAAAUUAGAACGGAGGCACCGGAACCGUUGGCCUGAGCACCUUUCAGUCCCCUACAAACUCUUCACUGACCACGGCGGCCUGAACGAGAAGCGGAAGCAGCGAAGGAUUCGCACCACAUUCACCAGCGCCCAGUUGAAGGAACUGGAGAGGGUCUUCGCCGAAACCCACUACCCGGAUAUCUACACCCGUGAGGAGCUGGCCUUGAAGAUCGACCUCACCGAAGCCCGAGUACAGGUCUGGUUCCAGAACCGGCGGGCCAAAUUUCGCAAGCAGGAACGGGCGGCGGCGGCGGCAGCGGCGGCGGCCAAGAACGGCUCGUCCGGCAAGAAAUCCGACCCGUCCCGGGACGAUGAGAGCAAAGAAGCCAAGAGCACCGACCCGGACAGUACCGGCGGCCCGGGACCCAACCCCAACCCGGCGCCCAGCUGCGGAGGCGGCGGGCCCAGCCCUGCCGGGGCUCAAGGCAGCGCCGGAGCCGUUGGGCCCGGGUCGGAAGGGAACAAGGGCGCGGCGCCCCCCGGCUUGGCCGCAGCGGGUCCCGGGCAGGGCUGGGCUGGGGGUCCGGGCUCCAUCGCUUCCAUCCCGGAUUCCUUAGGCGGGCCCUUCGCCAGCGUCCUCUCCUCUUUGCAGAGACCCAACGGCGCCAAAGGCACUUUGGUGAAGGGCGGCAUGUUUUGA